UUAUUGCUGGUUUCGUGUUUUUUUUAUUAGAAAACCUGCCAGUCAUUCAAAUUGCAUUUCUCUUUGAUUAACGCAAAAAAAAGACAAGAAAACAGAAAGAAUUCAUUAUGGCAGUACGUGUAAUUAACGACGAAGCGCAUUUUCAAGCGGAACUAACCCAAGCGGGCGUUCGCCUGGUUGUCGUUGAUUUUACGGCAGCAUGGUGCGGUCCUUGCCAACGAAUUGCGCCAGUUUUCAACACGUUUCCCACCAAAUAUCCCAAAGCCAUAUUCCUCAAGGUGGAUGUGGAUAAGUGCCAAGACACGGCUGCCGGCCAAGGUGUGUCGGCAAUGCCAACGUUCAUAUUCUAUCGCAAUCGCAGCAAAAUCGAUCGCAUUCAGGGCGCUGACGUCAUGGGAUUGGAGGCCAAGAUUCAGGAGCAUAUUGGCACUGGCGGCGCUGAAGAAGCUGGCGAAGAUUACGGCCAGGGCUUGAUGGAACUUAACACAUUCAUCUCGAAGCAGGAGUGCGAAUGCUUGAACGAAUCGGAUGAUCAUAAUCUGAAGCAUGCGCUCGCUUCGGCUGGUGGCUACCUGCAAUCGGACUGCGAUGAACAGCUUAUACUGUCCAUCACCUUUAAUCAGGCGGUCAAAAUACAUUCGCUGAAGUUUAAGGCGCCGCCUCAAUUGGGACCCAAGGAUGUGAAGCUGUUCAUCAAUCAGCCGCGUACUAUUGAUUUUGACAUGGCCGAGUCUAUGAGCAGUGUACAGGAGUUAACUCUGGGCGAAAAGGAACUGGAGAAUGGACAGCCGGUGAAUUUGCGCUAUGUGAAAUUCCAGAAUGUGCAGAACAUUCAGCUGUUUAUAAAGAACAAUCAGUCGGGCGGCGACAUCACUCAAAUUGAUUACAUUGGCUUCAUCGGUUCACCCAUCAUCACCACUAAGAUGAAUGAUUUUAAGCGUGUCUCCGGCAAGAAGGGCGAAAGCCAUUAAUAUCGAGUUUGAGUUAAAUUUGAUUGGUAUUGAUCUGUACUUUCGACGUACAAUUAAGCAAAUUAAAAAAGAAAACAGAAUGCAUUAACAAACAUUGACAACAAUGACUAACAACAAAUAAAAACAAUCAGCUGGCAA